AUUUUUUUGCGUUUCAGUGAAAAAGAGCGGAAGGAGAAAGACGUUAAGCGCAAGACAAUAUCAUUGUGGACUUACUUGAAUUCUCGCUUGGACGAGUUUCUCUACCCCUUGUACAACAAGUAUGAAUCUCGGCCGUUGAUCAUCCUCCCAGCUGCCAAACUCCGGUCCAUGAAGUUGUGGAAGUCCUACUAUUGUCGCUGGAAUCUCCGCAUUUUUCGUCCGGAGCAAAUGUCUCUGAGAUCCAGAGAAAUUUUGGCAUGCAGAUCGCAGCUGGAGAAGAAGCUCGAGUUGCUGAUCGAAGAACUAAGAUGUAGGGAAGACCAGGACCAGGGAAAUGUACCCCAAGUCAUGGAUCAACAUCGUUUGACAAUGGAUGCCCUGGCAUUUGUGCAGUCACCGCCUUUGAAUACCCGUCGCAGCCGAACGAUUCCUAACCAAUACGAAUUCAAGACUGUUGGGUUCCUGAGCACACACCAGUUUAUCCCGCUUCCGAGUCCCGGACAUCCCAUGACUUCCUUCCGAUUGGAAAAUGCAUUUCCUGUGCGUCAGUUGCAAGCGCCAUCUGUGGACUUCAGGGAACUCGCUGUUGGCUACUUGACUUCCGGAAACAACAGCGUAAUUACGAGGUAUGAAGAAGUUUUGGGAUACGUCGAUAUAGUCAAUGAUGGACCCGAUAUUCCUCGUCGGAUAAAAGCUUCGAUCCUAGUCAAGUACCCCAGAGAGGAAAAGUUUGAGCGCUGGGUCGGCUUAUUUGAAUCUUUCAAGUGGGCCUGGGUCCAGUACUUGGCGUUCUUCAUUCCGGUGUACCUUUGCGUCCAAUGGCUCGGGAACCAUUUGUUUGCUGAAAACAAAGUCUUCUGUCACGUCGUUGUCGGCAAAGAAGGAAACGUCGCAUCCGCAUUCCCUACUGUUGGUGCACAAUGA